AUGGUGAUCUCUUACCUCGAAACACGGCACCUCAAACAGCUGAUGGAAAGCAACGAAGCCAUCUAUAGGCUUACUGCACCCGUGUUCUAUCGCAGAGUAUGGACAAAACGGCAGACUUAUUGCGAUGUUGAUGGGCUUGCCAGCCUGCUCAGACGGCGUCCGGAGAUCUGCCAGUUCAUUAGUGCCAUGAAUAUCGACGAGAUGGAUGAGGGAGGUAUACGAGAACUACUAGGGCUAGAGCUACCGAACCUCGAAAGCAUGAACAUCGAGUAUGCUUGCGGAACUGUCAAGACUGUCGACACGGAGAGAAGAGAAGAACUCAACGCCGGCAUACGUUUGAAACCAAGACUCAUCAACUUUGCUAUCCUCGAUGCUUGCAGGCACGUGGAUGCAGUCCAGUCAAACGAGGUCGAAGAGACGGCGUCUCUGUACAAGAUCCGCGCACAAGACUCCAUCUACUUCAGCCAACCAACUCUUGCCCGCCUGAAACUCGCACAGCUGGACCUCUCAGCAUUCAGAAAACAUCCCGCUGAGCCCUUUCCUAUGGAGGCUCUCAGGCACCUGGAAAUCGACGACUGCCACAUCCACAUCGCAAGUCUUGGGAAGUUCUUGUCACGAGCCUCGUCGCUUCAGAGCUUCCGAUUUCGCCACCACGGUCAGCUAUCAUUCUGCAGGAGCUCUUUUGCUUCUCUACUAUCAGGAUGCAAAGAAACCCUCGAGAUUCUUGAGCUUUGUUGGAGAUCGUCUCUUUCGCAUUAUGAUCUCCGGGGUCCGAUGCUUUUCGAGGAGUUUACGGUAUUGAAGCUGCUUCUGGUCGACCCUCAGGCUCUCUUCGUGAAUUAUCUUGGCAGCACCAACUUGCGCCCGAUGCUGAAGCAUGUUCUCCCGCCAAACCUGGAGGUGCUCAUGUUAGAAGGUGUUAGGGAACGCGCUAAUCAACAUGACAGUGACCGGGAUCACCUUGUGCAAACAGUCACCAUUGUGCAAACAGACGAGAAGUUACUCAGCGACAUCAUCAAGUUCAAGAGCGAGAUUCUGCCGCAUUUGCGAUAUGUACUUCUCUGCGACUGUUCGAGCAUUGAAGAUCUCGAUAGAUUCUACGAGAUGGCGGACAGGCAAAGUGUUCGCUUGGCAUUGUUGACCAUGCAGAUAGACCAGCCUAUGCCAAACCUUGAGUUGCUAGAUUCAAGUUGGGCUGAACGCGGUUCGGAUACAGGGAAAAGAACAGACUAUCGCCCAGUUCGUUGCUACAACGGAAGAGGUUGGGUUUGCGGAGACGCAUCAUUCACCGUCGGCGACGCCCAUAGCGAGGCGAACUCACCAUGGGAGCAGUAG